CAAAUAAAUCUAAAAGGAUCCAAACGCUGUCGUAUUGCGAGCUGCUCAUUCAUGGUCAAACAUUGGAGAUAGAAAAAUAGUGUUAUAAGAAAAAAUCGAUCUCUCAAAAUACUUCAGCUAUUGUGCGACGAGAGAACACCUUUUUCUUCAUUCAUCAGAAAUGGUGAAUGUUAUGAAAGGAGUGCUUGUUGAAUGUGAUCCGGCUAUGAAACAAUUCCUGCUUCACUUGGAUGAAACUCAAUCUCUUGGUCGUAAAUUCAUUAUUCAGGAUCUGGACGAGCGACAUCUGUUUAUUUCCACGGAUAUCAUCGAAACCCUACAGGCCCGUGUUGAUGAUUUAAUGGACCGAAUCAGCGUUUCACUGCACGAGAAGGAAGCUUAA